AUGCCAGAAGCGACGAUAAGCCAUUUAUCAACACGUCCUGCGUUGGCAACAACCUUGGAACCCACCACGACCGUACCAACUUACAAGCAGUGGAAAUAUGGCCGAGCAAGAGGCGCAGACGUGGUUCAAGGUGGCGCCGGAAACUUUCCAUACACUCCAAGAGCACUGUCCAAGCGAGCGGCAGCCCCCGUGAGCGCACCCGUAGGACGAGAGGUUGAUUACAGGCGCCAAAGCAUUGCACGCUCUGGGCGUAACGGAGUUGGGUACUGGGAGCCGACCCCAGACGACGAAGCUAGGCAGAAAGAGGCGGAAGAAUACGAAAGAGACCAAGAGAGCAUCAAAACUCGGAAAAGGCAGAGUACGCUCGGAGCCGACGGAUCGUAUGUCUUUCGGUCUGGUCGUGGAGGAUAUGGGAGCUAUGCGCCCCCAGCAGCGGUCGAGGAUCGUCUCCCAACGACGACGCGCGAUAACCCAAAUACAGCAGUGCAUGGAUAUGGGAGGGGUGGGGCAAACUAUCGAGUCGGCGACGCGAUUCCACUCGUCGAUUUGAAUAGAAUGGAGACGCAGGAGCGCAUCGAGGCGAAAUCACAAGCAACUCCAAUGCAACCCGAGUCUGGACUAGCGACCUUCAUCUCGUAUACGACAGCAUUUCUCAAUUCACUUACCCCUGCGGAGAAUCGAAUAGAAAAUAUGACCAACUCUCAGGCCAAGGCGGCACCCCGUCGAGCCUCGGGACUUGGUAGUGGAGGUGGGGGAGGACGCGGAGGAGCGAAUAAGUAUGGGUAUGCACCAUACACGCCUCGCGGAGCUGGCGAAGGCACCUCUGAGGGUCCUGCCCGUCCUGCGGUGGAGAGACAGUACUCGGGGUACUCAUCGCAUGACGGAUACGUCCCAGAGAUGCCGUCUGCGUCUAGUUCCUCUGCUGGAUCGUCCGAAGCUGGAUAUUUAUCACAUGAAGAGGAGAUUGAGGACCCCCGCAAAGGGAUGAGCUCUGCGUAUCACAUGUGGGCGUCGAAAGUGGCAGCCAAUCAAGGCCACUGCCAUUCCCCCACAUAUAGCGUCAAGCUUCGAUUACGCCGUGGGCACUGCAACUUGGACCCGCCUACAUCCGCAGAAAUCUCUUCAACACCGUCUUCGACAGCGCCCAUGCACGAAUACGAGCACGAAAAUGUUCCCCCGCUCCCAAUCGCGUCCAGGAUGAGCGGCAGCGAUAGCAGCAGGCCCAAGCCACACGUUGGACCGUCCAUCGAUGAAUAUCGCAAGCUGCACUCGCUCACCGUCGGCCAGAAUAGCGACGAGUUUUGGGGCAAGGCUGCGAGGGAGAUGCUCUACUGGGACCGUCCAUUCACCACCGUUCGUGCUGGAGGCUUUGAGAAUGGUGACAUCGUCUGGUUCCCCGAAGGUGGCCUCAACGCGUCUUACAACUGCUUGGAUCGCUGGGCGCACAAGAACCCUAAUGCCCCCGCCAUCAUCUGGGAAGCCGACGAGCCAAAUGAUGGGCUCAUCAUCUCCUAUGGCGAGCUCCUUCGCGAAGUGUGUCGUAUCGCCAAUGUCCUGAAAUCCUUUGGCGUUCGCAAGGGGGAUACUGUCUCCAUCUACCUCCCAAUGACUUGGCAAGCCGUCGCAGCCUUCCUCGCAUGCGCUCGUAUUGGCGCGAUUCACUCUGUGGUCUUUGCUGGUUUCAGCGCAGAAUCUCUUCGCGAGCGUGUUACCGAUUGUGGCUCUCGUGUCGUCAUUACGACCGACGAGGGCAAGCGCGGUGGAAAGACCAUUGCCACCAAGGCUAUCGUCGAUGCUGCUCUUAAGGAGUGCCCGAAUGUCGAUCAUGUCCUCGUUUUGAAGCGCACUGGGAAACCCGUCGGAUGGGUUGAAGGAAGAGACAAAUGGUGGCACGAGGAAGCUGCAAGAGUUCCGGCCUACUGCUCUCCAGAAAUCAUGGCAGCGGAGGAUCCCCUCUUCAUCCUCUAUACCUCUGGCUCUACAGGCAAGCCCAAGGGUGUCGUUCACACCACUGGUGGCUAUCUGCUUGGAGCCGCUUUGACCGUAAAGUACGUCUUUGACGUACACGCCGGAGAUCGCUUUGCCUGCAUGGCCGACGUCGGAUGGAUCACGGGUCACACCUAUAUCGUCUAUGGUCCUCUUCUCAACGGAGUCACCACGACUGUCUUUGAAUCUACACCGGUCUACCCGACUCCGUCACGUUAUUGGGAGACUGUGGCCAAGCAUAAAUUGACUCAGUUCUACUCUGCACCCACCGCCAUUCGACUUUUGCGUCGUCUUGGCCCUGAACACGUUCAUGGCCAUGACCUCAGCUCACUGCGCAUCCUUGGAUCUGUCGGAGAGCCUAUCAACCCUGAGGCCUGGCAUUGGUACAACGAGCAUGUUGGGAAAAAAGAGUGCGCCGUCGUCGACACAUUUUGGCAGACCGAAACUGGUAGCAUUGUUGUCACCCCCUUCCCCGGUGCUAUCCCUACCAAGCCAGGCUCAGCAACUGUUCCAUUCUUUGGCAUUGAACCAUGCAUUCUCGAGCCAGAGACCGGCAAGCUUCUGGAGGGAAACAAUGUCGAGGGCGUUCUCGCUUUUAGGAACCCAUGGCCUUCGAUUGCCAGGACCGUAUGGAAAGACCACAAGCGCUAUCUCGAAACAUACAUGAGGCCAUAUCCUGGAUACUACUUUACGGGCGAUGGUGCUGCCCGUGACGCAGACGGCUAUAUCUGGAUCCGUGGACGAGUCGACGACGUUAUUAAUGUCUCUGGACAUCGCCUCUCGACUGCAGAAAUUGAGAGCGCUCUGAUCUUGCACCCAGGGGUUGCCGAGACUGCUGUGAUUGGUACAGCCGACGAGCUCACCGGUCAGGCUGUGCAUUCCUUUGUGACGCUCAAGCCUGAAUUCGACGUUGACAACGAAGGCGAGCUCUCCAAGGAGCUAACCCUCCAAGUACGCAAAGUAAUUGGUCCAUUUGCUGCUCCCAAGAAGAUCUAUGUCGUUAGUGAUCUUCCCAAGACGCGCAGUGGGAAGAUUAUGCGCCGCAUUCUCCGUAAGAUUGUGGACCGUCAAGAAGACCAACUUGGCGAUCUCAGCACGCUUGCUGAGCCUGCAGUUGUUGAGCAGUUGGUUGCCAAAGUCAAGGAGACCCGCAAGUAA